AUGGAUGAGAAUGGAUCUCUCUAUGUCGUUAACAAUGGAGAAGGUGAAGUGAGACGAUAUCGAAUUGGUGACACUGAAGGAACAGUGGUUGCAGGUGGCAAUGGAGAAGGAAAUCGUCCAGAUCAACUCUCUUAUCCCCACUACGUAUUUGUCGACCGAGAUCAUUCAGUAUACGUGUCCGAUACUGAAAAUCAUCGUGUAAUGAAAUGGGAAGAAGGUGCAAAACAAGGCAUUGUUGUAGCCGGUGGUCAAGGACAAGGAAAUAGUCUUACACAAUUGAACAAUCCUCGAGGAGUCAUUGUCGAUCAAUUGGGCACUGUCUAUGUAGCUGAUUGUUAUAAUCAUCGAGUCAUGCGUUGGCCAAAAGGAGUCACACAGGGAAGUGUCAUUGUCGGUGGAAAUGGUCAUGGAGCACAGCCGAAUCAAUUCAAUAGUCCCAUUGGUUUAUCAUUCGAUCGACAUGGUAAUCUCUAUGUCGUCGAUAGUAGUAAUUACCGAGUACAAAAAUUUAAUAUCGAAUAA